ACUACUACUCUAUUCUCUAAUUACUCUAUAACCUUUCUUCUCCACUUCACAACAUUCUUAACAAGUGUGAAAAUGGGGAGAUCACGAAGUGGUUAUGAUGAGAGUGGGUUGAAGAAAGGUCCAUGGACAGCGGAAGAGGAUAGAAUAUUGGUGGAUUACAUAAACAAAAACGGCCAUGGAAGUAAUUGGCGAGCGCUUCCUAAGAUUGCAGGUUUAAACAGAUGUGGAAAGAGUUGCAGGCUGAGGUGGACUAACUACCUCAGGCCUGAUAUCAAGAGAGGAAAAUUCUCUCAAGAAGAAGAGAAACUCAUCAUCAACUUACAUCAACUUCUUGGCAAUAAGUGGUCAGCAAUAGCAAGUCAUCUACCAGGAAGAACUGACAAUGAAAUCAAGAAUUUCUGGAACACUAAUCUUAGAAAGAAGCUUCUAAGAAUGGGGUUAGAUCCAGUGACUCAUCGUCCAAGAUUAGAUCAUAAUCAUAAUCAUAAUCAACUUCUUUCCAAUCUUCAACACUUGCUUCUUGUUGCAAACAUUCUCAACAAUAACAACAACAAUAAUAAUGCUCUAUUAAGUACUCUUCUUAUUAACUCUGAUCAUGCCAAACUCCAAAUCCUCCAAAACAUGCUUCAAAUCCUUGCUGCUACUACUACUACUAAUAAUAAUAAUCUUGCACUAAACUUGGAGCCAAUACUUAAUCAUCAACAAUUUGGUCCAUUAACCUCAUCAUCAUCAUCAUCAUCAGUUCCAAAUGGUUUUUAUGAAUCUUUAGGGUUGAAUGAAUCUAUGCUCCAAAACCUUAUUUGCAGUAAUGAUUCUUUUCCUUGUCAAAAUCAGCCCAAUUUCCAAAACUUUGAAGUUCCUCCUCAUGAUGAUAAUGUUAAUAAUAAUAAUGAGAAAGUUGUUGUUGAUGGCACAAAUUCUUCUUCUCCUACAACACCAUUGAAUUGUUAUUCAUCACUUCCAAAUCUGGUUUCAGCCUCAUCACCUCAUCAUGAAUGUUCCAACAAAGUAAAUAAUAAUAAUAAUAAUAAUAAUAAUAAUUCUCCAACUUCAACCAACAACUUUGAAAUGUGGGCAGAUUUCAUGUAUGAGGAAGCAAGUGAUGCUUAUUGGAAACACAUCAUAGAUCAAGAAUCUAACCAGCCAUAGUCAACACUCAACAAUCAAGGUUCAUCACAACAAUAAUGGGAUUUUUUUUUAAUUAUCAUUGUUGGUUGUCUCUAGCUUAGGAUCAACAUACUGUUUUGUGAGGAUGGAUUGAUUGAUAUAAGAUUUAUAUAUUGUAUAUAGAAGAUUAGACUUAUAGUACAACAUAUGGACAUUAUUGUAAUUUUCACUUUACAAAA